UGGGAUAGAUUAACCGAAUCAAAGUCCACAACAUUAUUUGCCUUAAUAUCAACAGUCCAGACAAUUGCAUUAGUAAUUUUGCAAGCAAAAAUUUUCGCUCGUAAUAUUGAUGGGUGGUUCAAUCUUCAUCCAGGACCAGAUGAAUAUACAGAAGCCGAAGUUUGCUUAAAUCCGGGUUCCUUCAAAGCAUUUGUUUUACUUGCAUUUGAAAAUAUUAUGUUUAUUUGCUUUUAUGUAUUUCAAUUGUAUUUUUCUUAUAAUGCGAUAUUACACCAAAAUACGAUGCAAAUUUUCACGAUUGCAAUAUCCAAUUUUUGCUACGCAGUUCUUGGAGUCGUCCAAUUGCUUGAAGCCCAAGAAACAAGCAACCGAGUUUUAAAUGAAUGCCCCACGAUAGUUAUGGAUCCCGAAUUUAUGGUACAUGAAGUACCACACAUUAUACUAAUUACGAUUUUAGCAUGUAUCACGGGAUAUCUAUCAUUCAAGUUAUAUAAACAAUUUGGUUGGAACAUUUACCAAAGAAUUGGUACGGAUGUUAAAUUGCAAUCAAUUUAUAAAGCUCGUUUAAUUUUUGUAAUGUUAUUAAAACUUGACUUAUUGAUGAUGUUGUUAUUCAGUAUCUUAAUUAUACCUUAUUAUAUGGUUGAAUUUACUAGUUCUGGUGCCUCUUAUAAAGGGAUAGUUUAUAUGGGUAUUACUUUUUUUGCUCUAGUAUUUUUAUUUGAAUCUGUGGCCUUUAAAUCGAUUGCCAAAGAACAUAAAGCCGGAAUGAUUGCCUUUUUAUCAUUUUGGAUUCUUGUUAUGAUCACUUAUGUUUGGUUUUGUUAUAUCGGAAUUUCUUUGGUGUCCAUUUAUAAAUGGUAUAUUGGUUCGAUCUUUGGCGUUACCUGUUUACUUAUGGGCGUGUUAACCUUUGUAAUUGGAAUAGUGGUUAUGAGAAAUUUUGGAAAAGGAUUAAAGGAACACCUCGAUAAGAUUGGAUUUCAUGAGGAAGAAGCAUUUGAUAAUAGCAAUGAUAAACGUGAUAUGGAAGUUGGUAGUCGAAGAAAUUAA